AUGGCUGGCAAUAGCGACACGGUGAAAUUGGAGAAACAUCUGAAAUUGCUGAAAGAGGAGUAUACGAAGCUGCAGAAGAGCUACGCCGAACUAGAGCGCAAAUAUAGUCAAGCGGCAGCGGCAAAUGAAGAUCAUGAUCUGUCCGGCGAGUUUAGCAGCUUCAUAUCGCGACUGGUCAUGACGGUGGCCACCCUUUAUGGAAGAACGACCUAUUCUGAUAUUACAGUCAAACUCAAGGAAAAAACGAUGCCCGCCCAUAAGUUUGUGCUAAAUGCUCGCAGUGAAGAAUGGCGAGAAGAAAAUCUAAUGGACAAGAGUGAAUUAGAUUGGUCCGAUAUGGAUGCGGAUGUAGGAUAUGCACUGCUACGCUGGAUUUACACAGAUGUCGUAGAUCUCCAGCACGAUUCACUUGCACUAGAGCUGCUCAAAACGUCCCAUCGUUUCAAGCUGCCCGGUCUGAUGGGACUUUGUGAACGUGCGCUCGUAUCAUCCGUCUCGGUACGUUCCUGCGUACGGUUCUACUGCGUGGCGGAGGAAGUGGGUGCGGCGAACCUGUUAGAAUACUGUUCCGGUCUCAUAUCGACGCAUUGGGAUGAUCUAACGCCCCAAGACUUCGAACAUAUGUCCGGUGCGCUGCUGUAUAAAAUGCUUAAAAGCAAAACAAAACAUCCACUCCAUGCUGCCGUCCGGUUACUUCGAGAAGAUGUCGUAUUUUUGUGUUUAGUGGAGAACAACGGUUCGCUACAGGAAAUUGUAAACAGCCUAUCACCGCAGGGUCAGCUACCGUUAGGGUUGGCACUCAUGGGUCGCAGUACAGCAAUCGCACAGACACUGCUCGAAACUGGUGGAGCUGAUAUUAACGCCUAUACAACUGAGGGAAAUACACUGCUUAUCGAUGCGAUUAAACGUGGGGAUAGUUUUACGGCACAAUUUCUGUUGGAAAAAAGCUGCAACGUAGAUCUGGUCACGAGAGACACGUCCGAUACGGCGUUACAUCUGGUUUGCACAUACUCGGAGCGAAGCACGGACACGGAAACACAUCGCGAAAUGCUCAGCAUCGGCCGACAGCUGUUGAAGCAGCAAGCCGAUCCGAACAUGCAAAAUAGCAAGGGCUACACACCGCUCCACGUUGCUAUAAUGUCCCAGCACGUGGAAAUGCUAGACGAAUUGUUGACCGAAACCGAUGGCUCGUGCGUGGAUACGAAUGUGCGAACGAAGGAUGAAAAAUGUGCCUUACAGCUGGCACUGAUGCCACCCCACACUGAUGGGCCACCAUACGAAUUGGCUCGCCGGCUGCUGGAACGUGGUGCUCGUUCCAGUGUCAUCCAUCCAGAGACGGGCGACAGUUUGUUGCACAUCCUAGCGAAACAGCAGCUGGAGGAUGCUGCCGUCUUUCUUACCGAACACUGCAACCUUAGUCAUAUCAAUCGGUCCGGAUUGACUGUGCUACACGUGGCUGCAUCGCAGGGUUUGGCAAACCUUGCCCGUGCCCUGUUGGAGAAGGGUGCACCGCCCAACGUACAGUCCGGCGUGACGGAGCUGAAAACGGCCCUGCACUAUGCCGUCGAGGAGAACUAUACCAAUGUGGUGGAAGCGUUUAUCGAAUAUAAAGAAACAAACCCGCCGGGCACGGUAGAUUUCAACCUAAAAAAUGCAUUCGGCGAUUCACCGUUAAGCUUAGCAUUGAGCCUUGGAUACAACGAGCUGGUACCACUGUUAAUCAAGGGUGGAGCAGAUGUAAAUGCACGCAACGGUCAGGAUAUGACGUUGCUUCAUCAGGCAAUUUUGAAGGAAGAUUCAAAGACGGCCGUUUUUCUGCUCAGCCAGGGUGCAGACAUGAACGCACUCACAGCAGAUCAGGAAUCGCCUCUACAGCUCGCCAUCCACUGUCGUUUGGUGGACGUUGUCGAUGCGCUCUGCUCCCGUGGAGUAUCGCUUAGCGCACCGGAUAACAAGGGUGACUGUCCGCUCUGGAGUGCGCUGGAGUCGGAACAGUUCGAAAUUGCUUCGGUGUUGGUGCGGCACGGUGUCGAUACGGACUGUUGGGGACCCGGACCGGACGGAUGUUUGCAAACCCUGCUGCAUCGAGCGAUCGACGAGAACAAGGAGCAGGCGGCCAUGUUCCUGAUCAAAAGUGGGUGUGAUCUUGAUUCACCUCGGCAACCGGGUCCUCAGGGACAGGGUGGUGAUGAGGCAAAGGAUAAAGCAUCCCCACUGCAUCUAUGUUGCCAAUGGGGUCUUCGUAAUGUGUUGCAUACGCUAAUUGGUCAUGGCGCUAACGUGAAUGCGGUGGAUUGUGAUCUUAAGACCCCAUUGCACAUUGCAAUAGAAAACCAGCACGAAGAGAUAAUUGGCAUUCUGUUGUGCCAUCCGGGUAUCGAUCUGAAGAUUCGCGAUAAAACCGGCAACACUCCAUUCGCUGCAGCGCUACAAGUGCGGAACAAUAAGGCGGCUCAGAACAUUCUUGAGCGGUUGCCGAACGCGGCGGAACAGAUCGAUCAACGGGGACGCAAUUUUCUGCAUCUGGCGAUCAUGCGAGAUGAUCUUGAAUCCGUAUUGUUUCUGCUAUCGAUUCAGGUCGAUGUAAAUUCGCGCGUGCACGAUGUUAAUCAGACACCGCCGCUUCAUCUAGCGGCCGCAUCCGAGAAGGAAAUGUUAAUACGAAACCUAAUCCUGGCCGGCGCUCGGUUAAACGAUCGUGAUGCAACGCAAAAAACGGCAUUGCAUGUGGCAGCCGAGCGUGGUACGGUGGGUGCCGUAUCAGCGCUUCUGCAGAACGGUGCUGAUUUCGAUGCCGUUGACGGAGACGGUAAUAAUGCGCUACACAUUGCAGUCCGCGAAGGUCACAUUGCGGUCGUGCGAGAGCUGCUUACAGAGUCAGAACUGAACGCGGAAGCGGUUAACAUGAAAGGCUGCAAUCCGCUGCAUGAGCUGUGUCGCUGUGGAAAGGAUAAUACGGCCGCAGCUAUCUUGGAACUAUUCUUCGAAUGUAUGCCAAAGUAUCCGAUCAACAGUCCCGAUCUGCAAGGCAACACGCCCCUGCUGCUGGCGUACAUGCGUGGUCAGGCACAACUGUGUCGCAUGUUGGUGAAGAAUGGCGCCUGCUUAGGAGCGGAAAACAAGGAAGGAUUAACGCUAUUUAACUUUAAACUAGCCACCAAUCAGCUGUUGCAUCGUUUGCUGGACGAACUGCCGCAAGAAUCCCCCUGGGCUUCGUCAGAGUUGUGCCAGGAGUGCGGCACCAAAUUUAGUAUCACCAUGCGGAAACACCACUGCCGUCACUGUGGACGAAACCUUUGUAGCCGAUGUUCAAACAACGAUGUGCCAAUCAUCAAAUUUGGCAUUAAUAAACCGGUCCGUGUUUGUUCGGUCUGCUUUGAAGUGCUACAAAUUGGAAGUGGUGGAGUUUGA